AUGGCACCAAGAGUUAUCGUCGUCGGCGGUGGUCUGUCCGGCUUGAGUGCUGCCCAUACCAUCUACCUCGCUGGAGGCAACGUUGUUGUCCUCGACAAGCAGGGCUUCUUCGGUGGCAACUCCACAAAGGCCACCUCCGGCAUCAACGGUGCCUUGACCCGGACGCAGGUCGACACCGGCAUCGCCGACAGCGUCAAGCAGUUCUACGAUGACACCUUGAAGUCUGCGCGUGACAAGGCUCGUCCCGACCUCAUCAAGGUCCUUACCUACAAGUCCGCCGCCGCCGUUGAGUGGCUUCAAGAUGUUUUCAACCUGGACCUCACCCUCGUCUCGCGGUUAGGAGGUCACUCCCAACCCCGUACCCACCGUGGACACGAUGCCAAGUUCCCCGGUAUGGCCAUCACCUACGCUCUGAUGCAGAGACUUGAGGAGCUCGCCGAGACUGAGCCCGGUCGUGUCGAGAUCAUCAAGAAGGCCCGCGUCACCGGCCUGAACAAGGACGGCAACACCAUCACCGGAGUUACAUACGAGUUCAACGGAGAGGAGCAGAAGCUUGAUGGUCCCGUCAUCCUCGCCACCGGUGGUUACGCCGCCGACUUCAGCGAGACCUCCUUGCUCAAGAAGCACCGUCCUGAUACCUACGGCCUCGCCACCACUAACGGCACCCACGCCACUGGUGACGGCCAGAAGAUGGUCAUGGCCAUCGGCGGUAACGGUAUUGACAUGGACAAGGUCCAGGUCCACCCAACUGGCUUGGUCGACCCCAAGGACCCCGGCUCCAAGUGGAAGUUUUUGGCUGCUGAGGCCCUCCGUGGUGAGGGUGGUCUUCUGCUUAACGCUGACGGCGACCGCUUCUGCGACGAGCUUGGCCACCGUGACUACGUCUCGGGUAUGAUGUGGAAGGAGAAGGAGAAGAACAAGUUCCCCAUCAGGCUUGUCCUCAACUCCAAGGCUUCCAAGGUCCUUGACUUCCACACUCGCCACUACUCUGGCCGCGGCCUGAUGAAGAAGAUGACCGGCGCCGAGCUGGCCAAGGAGAUCGGUUGCAAGCCCGAGCACCUCCAAAAGACCUUCACCACCUACAACGCCAUCGCCGAAGGCAAGCAAAAGGACCCCUGGGGCAAGAAGUUCUUCCACAACCUUCCCUUCGACAUCAAGGACGAUUUCCACGUCGCACUGAUGGAGCCUGUUCUCCACUUCACCAUGGGUGGUAUUGAGAUCAACGACAAGGCCCAAGUCCUCAACAGUGAGAAGAAGCCCUUCGACGGUCUGUUUGCCUGCGGUGAGCUUGCCGGUGGUGUCCACGGUGCCAACCGUCUCGGUGGUUCUUCCCUUCUCGGAUGUGUCGUUUAUGGCCGUGUGGCUGGUGACACUGCCAGCAACUACCUCUUCCAGCAAGCCCUCAGCGGCGCCGGAGGCGCUGCGUCUCGUCUUGGUCAGAUCUCCCUGCACAUAGACCCCACGCAGCCCGGUCGUGUUACGAUCGACUGGAACAACGCCGUCGGCGCUGGCGGCCAGGAUAUCCCUGCCCAGCAGACCACCUCGGCCGCUGGCCCCACACCCGUCAAGGACGGCCAGAAGGCGUCCAAGCCCAACAACCCCAAGGAAUUCACGGUUCCCGAGAAGGAGUUCACUAUGGAGGAAGUUGCCAAGCACAACACCAAGGAGGACCUGUGGGUCGUUGUCAAGGGUGUUGUAAUGGACCUGUCCAACUGGCUCGAAGAGCACCCUGGUGGCCCCCAGGCUAUCAUGAACUUCAUGGGCCGUGACGCUACCGAGGAGUUUGAGAUGCUGCACGACGACGAGGUUAUCCCCAAGUACGCACCACAGCAGGUUAUUGGCCGCGUCAAGGGCCAGACGCCAAGUUUGGAGAUUUAG